AUAUUUUAAAAAAAACAUGAAGGCAAUUUUCAUUGUUUAUUUAUCUUUUACACAGGCUGUCAUGUCUCUAGGCAAAGGGAGAGCAUUGCGAAUUACUGUGUUAUUGUUUACAUCAUGGCGGCUUCAACAAAUGCCCAGCAACAACACCGAACAAAACUUACAGAGUAUCUUCAUUCUCAAGCGAAACCUGUUCACCUUGAAAGUAGUGUUAAAAGGGACAGUGAUAGACGAGCCCAAAGACAGAGUUCAAGUUCCAAGGGUUUGAGAAAUUCCCAACGGACUAAGCCAAGUCUCCCGAAUAAUAAAUCUCAAAACAUUUCAGGCCAUUUAAGGCUACCAAGCAUCCCAAAACUUCCAGGAAAUGGGCGACCUCGGAAAGCAACUAUUGAGAGUUUGCCAAAUGAAAUUCUAUCGAUGAUAUUUUGGAAGCUGAAGAUAGGAGAUCUCAUUGUGGCCUCUCAAGUCUGCAGGAGGUGGAAUUUUGUUGCCUGUGACAAUUUGCUAUGGAAGCAAUAUUAUGCCAAGUUUGCUGGUCCUGUCGAAAAAGAGAAGGAAGCCAGUAUGCCGGUACAUCAACUUGACUCUGGUUGUUGGAAAUAUUUGUGCUUAAAGAGGUGUAAGGUAAAACGAGAUCAGAUCUACCUGAAGAAAUGGAAAAAGCCAGACAGUUACACAGGCCUGAAACAGAGACCUGAACUUUCCCUGGGAAAAGUUGGUGUCAGGUUUGAUUUGAGCUUUACAGAUGCUCAGGGGGUAGAACAUCCUAUGAAUCAGAGUGAUAUCUUCUGGAUGUCUAUGUCUUGCACAAUCCGAUGGUACGACCUUGUCUUCCCAGACUUCAAAGACAUCCAUGGGCUAAAGAUUCAUGCCUGCUCCCCUCUCAUGUUCUACGGGCCUUCAAAGCCAGCAAAAGAUGGCAUCAUUCAGAGGUCUCUACUCUUGGAGCUGAAGGGAAGCCUGAGAAAUAAAAUGUCUGGUUUGAAACCCCUGACAAGUGACAACCAUAUUGAGCUCUAUCAACUCUCUUCUGGUUUCAUUCUUGGAAAAUAUCUGGCUGGCGGGGAUAUUGCUUUCAUUGCUACCACUUUUCACUAUCAGAAUUUUGUGUCACGCUGUUUAUGUGGCAGUGCAGAUAGAAGCUGGGCACCCCCUGAGAGAGUGGCCUUUGAAGAUGACAUUGACUCUCAGUAUGGUCUUCACGGAUACACCUGCAUUUUACUUUUACGCAACAUGAGACAAAAGAUUUUAGAAUGCAAGUUUACUGACCUAUACACCAGAAGAGAAUCUGUUGCAAAUGGAUUUGCCACUUUUGUACCGGUGAAGAAAGAUGACAAGCUCACUCACUGUGCUUGCUUGAAGGACAUCAAUUUCCCGUGGAAGACAGCACUCUUUAAGGGAAUUAUGCAAAAUGUGUGCAUUCUGGACAUGACACUCCUGGAGGAGAGCGGGGAACCGUUCUGGACAGUCAGCUCUCUUGUUGAGAUACAGAAUUCCUCCGAGACAAAUCAGUUUGACUUUGAUCCCAAUGCAUACCAAAGCAUCAAUUAUGAGGAUCCUACGGGGAAAGUUCAUUUUGAAAUUGGGCAGCUGGAUGACGGAUUACAGUACCUGUGUGAAGCAAAAAUCUCAUUGUCUGUGCCAGCAAUCAACAAGUACUUCAGGACCUCUUACUGAUUCAACAUCUGCAUGAAUUUGUCACAUCCGAAAAUGACAGUUUCCCUCUUUUUUUAGAUUAUAGAAUGAAGACAACGAAGUCACUCGGCAAGUUGAGUCCAUAAUGAAAAGUUAAGAUGUCCUGUUACAGGAGUUGGUUUUGCUUUGCUAAAUUUUUCGAAUUGUAUCUAGUGAGUUAAAUCUCUAGUGUGUUCUUUAAAAAUCCAUGAUCUCUUUUAUUUUUAACUUUUUUUUUACAGCUUCCUUUACAUGGGCUGAUUUAUAUAUUACCUGGUCAUUUUUACAUUUCUGUGUAAGCUAAAAGUAAGAAAUGAUUUGUUGAACGAAAUCUUUCCAAGAGAGCCAUUCGCCAUUGAAAACCAUCAUUAGCUUAGCAUAUAUGCAUGAAAUAAGAAAGAAAUAAUCUUAUUGAUAUUUAUCGGUGCUGUGGGCAACCCCUGUGAUCUCCAUUGCACAUGUGUAAUUUAUUUUCUGAAUCUGAUAAAUGUUGUGUGUGUGUGAGAGAGAGAUUGGGGAACGUUGUGAAAAUGUGUGGAAAGUGAAUAUUUGUUUCCUUGGCAACCUUGGCAUGUAUAUUAUAAUGUAUGUGUAAAAAUGUUUGUGGAAGAGAGGAUGUGUGUGAGAGAGUGUGUGUACUGAUGUGUGUGUGUGAGUGUGAAACAGGAGACCAAUUUGCCAGCAUCUGGACAAUAAAUAUUUAACAGGAAACUAAUUUGCCAGCUUCUGGACAAUAAAUAUUUACCUAUUCUUAUCUAUUGCUAUUUCAUCACUUUGCUACCGGAAGUACACAUUGUGCUCCAUGUACUAAUAAUAGUUAAUAGCUGCACAAAUCAAUGGAACCAUAUAAGAGAUGUUCUACCUCAAUUUUAUUGGAUCUCAUACCUAAUUUAUGUGUGCCUUUUAGUUAAUGAGUAAUGUGGUGUGUAAGUGCAAGUAUGUAUGGGGUUUAACAUCCCUAUCAACACUACUAGAUUAUUUGAGAGGCGGGACCUCCCAAUUGGAACGUCCUUCCCUAAUUGGACUGGAGUAGUGUGAAAACUCCUGUGAAAUGUAUUAAUGUUUUGGGGUUUGAGACACAGUUACAUGUAGCAUUGCACCAUGUACAUAUACUAAAUGUUGGACAGAUAUAGAUUGCAGUGUACUGAGUAUGGUUUUCUCAGACAAGGUACAUACAGAAACUGUUUUUGGUCGAGAUUCAUCGCCCACAUUUUGCUGCAUAAUAUGUGAAAUUUUUCUCUUUUUCUCUUUUCACUAAAAAAUAGCACAAGCUUUACUUUUUAAAGUUUGUACUGGUGUCUUCAUUAAGUAUGCCCAUGGUAGUAUGUUCUAAAUACACUUGCUGAAUGUGUAUGGGAAAUAUUUGUGAAUUAUACGUCGAGAGAAA